AUGGUGGCCGAGGUUGCGCCUGAGAAUCGCAUCCGUAUCCUGGUUGCUACGGACAACCAUGUUGGCUAUAGACACGAAGACAAGGUUAGAGGAAAUGAUGCACUUACCACCUUCGAGGAGAUUCUGCAGAUAGCUGUGCGGAAGGAGGUAGACCUGGUACUUCUUGGUGGCGAUCUUUUCCACGACAACGACCCGCCACGUGCCGUUCAGUUCGCUGUGGCUAAUCUGUUAAAACGAUACUGCUUCGGUUCUAAGCCCAUCCAGAUUAAAACGCUGGCCACCGGGGAAGAGAGCGAUAGAAAACCUUUCAACUACAUGGACCCGAACAUCAACAUAUCGUUACCUGUAUUUAGCAUACACGGUAAUCACGACGAUCCUGUGGGGAAGGGGAACUUGGCAGCUUUAGAUUUGUUGGAGGUGGCAGACACUAUCAACUACUUUGGCAAACAAAAAUCUUUCGAUGAGUUUUCUAUAUCGCCGAUCUUGUUGCAAAAGGGCUGUACACGUAUUGCAUUGUACGGACUAGGAAAUAUCAAGGAUGACAGGUUAUACCGCACGUUUGAGGCCCGGAAGGUCAAAUUUAAUACAGAGGUGGAGGGUGGCGAAAGUACAUUCAAUCUGUUUGUCCUGCACCAGAACAGAGUCCGUCACGGAGCGAAAAAUUACCUCCCUGAAAAUGUAAUUCCAACGUUUAUGGAUCUUGCCAUCUGGGGUCACGAACAUGAGAGCUAUACAGAAGCCAUACUCGGUGGGCAAGACCAAAGCACGUACAUCUAUCAACCAGGGAGUUCCAUAAUCACGUCGCUGUGUGCUGCGGAGACAAAACCGAAGCAUGUUGGCCUGCUGAGUGUGAUGCGCCGGCCUAAUGAGGAGGGCCCAGUGUUUGAUCUGGAACCCAUUCCAUUGAUGACUGUGCGUCCGUUGGUGAUUGGUGAACUCGACUUGGCACAAUUUGAAAAGGAUGAAGGGGAAAAUGUGCUCGAUAUGAAGGAUACCACGAGGGUAGAAAAGCUAUUAACCAGCGAAGUGAAGAAGCUUAUUGCAGAGAACACACAGAAAGUCACCGAAGAGGCUAUGAAUUUAGGCACCGAAGUGCACCUGGUGAAGACAAUGCCUCUGAUUCGAUUAAAGGUGAAAUACAAUAAUUAUACCCCGCUGAAUAUCCCCCGCUUCGGCCAGAAGUUCGUUGACCAGGUGGCUAACCCACGUGACAUCUUAUCCUUCACGCGAGUAAAGAAGGACUCUAAAUCUACAAAGAAGAUGCAGAUUGAUGACGAUGAAGAUGACGAUCCAGAAACGGCAGAAAGCGAAAGGGCGAAAAAAGAGGUAAUCGACCUAUUCGUGGAAUCUAUGAAGAAAAACAUUGGCUGGGAAGGUAAUGAGACAAGCGAGAACGAUCGUCGGGCUAUCAGGCCAGCCAUUAUGAGCGAGGCUGUCCGGGAAUACGUUGAUAAACAGAGCAAGGACUCAAUAAACAACACCGUGGAGUAUUGUCGGGACCAGUAUGCCAAAUAUCGACGAACCGUAAAACGAAAUGAAAAUGAUGAUGAAAACUUUGCACCCCGGACGUCAAACACUAUCAGCAGUGAUGAUGAGCCGCCUGCACCGAAAGCUCCUAGAGGGAGAGGGCGAGGAGGAGGUAUUCGGGCCCGAGCAAGUCGAAAGAGGGGCAGAUCAUUCAGUUUUUCGCCCGAAGCGCCCCCAGCUAAACCCAAAGCACGUCGACGAACUAAUGUGCCAUCAUACGCCCCCGAAAACCUGGAUUCCGAUGAAGGUGACGAUAGUGGGGCGAACAGUGACUUCCGGAUUGCUGAUCAUGAGGAAGUUCCCAGCAUUUCCCGCAAUACGCAUAGUAAAGUCCGAAAUGUCAUAUCGAUAGAUGAUGACGAUGGAAGCGACGACAAUGAAAUUAUUAUGGCUCCGUCGAGAAGCAAGGCUGUACCAAGCAAACCAGCCAGAAGGCCAGCAGCGAGUUCUAGCUCUGCCAACGCAUCAGGUGUCAAGAAGCGCGGAAAAGGUCGUACAAUUUUCUAAAUUGUCGAAUUUUGGUGCAAAGGGCCGGUCAACGCAUGUGCAUAUAACAGUCGAUGAACGCUGGAAAUGCCGCAUCCGAGGCCUAAUAUAAACAACCGUGAAUAUUGAGAUUUGAGUGACUAACAUAUUUGAGCGCUCAUAACUGCAAAACUCCGUAAAGGACCACUACGCAAGGAAGCUACACUGUAUGAUAAUACAGGGUACAAUGGUCCGCCAAACCAAUGUAAUCAAGAAAUUGGUUUUCACAGUGUUUGGAGCAGCAUACAGCAGCACGCAUCAGAAAAUCCCAGCGCAUUUCUUAUGCAUCGCAGGUGUUGGGUGACCGCUAUGAAGUCUAUGUACGUGCUUUUUCUAUGCUAGAAUAGCAAAUAACCAUACCGGACGGAAGAGAGCGAUUUCGCACUUUUAGAGUUCGUACGUACACCUACGUCGAGGCACAGGCUGAGUUACACGCAUAUCAGGUUAGAGUCAGUCAUAUUCACAUAUCAUCCCAGUCCGCACACACUGAGCAUAAUGAGUGAUGUGAAUUAUGUGGAAAUCUGUCUAAUGCGAAGCGGUCGGCUAAUCUAGUGCGCUGUGAGUUACAAUAUACAUAUAUACGCAACGAAGCUGAGCUAGGGUUGUGAAACACGAUAGUCGAUAGUCUAUUUUCAGCCGCAAGCAUCCUUGUCGACAUGGAAUAUCUACUUUCCCUUUCAGGGUUCGGAGAUAGAUAUCGUCUUUGUCACUUGGAAUACACAUAUCAGUAGCUUGGAAUACAUCCAUCAGUACUAGAAACCAGGAUAUACGAUACAAAUUUGAUUACACCACGAGGAAAGGCAAAUCGAAAACGGAUGCAAUGUUCGCGUUGUAUUAGCAAUGCUUCUGAAACAAAUAGCCAAAAUACAGGGAAUCAAAGUUUAGCUUCCCGCGUCAGCGAGACACAACUAAAGCAAUAAAAG